AUGAACAAUUUGAUAGAUCUGAAUAAUGUUGGCGGCGAUCCGAUGGAUAUCGAUGAUUGUGACGAAGGACCAUCAACCGAAUCCGAGCCUCCACGGAAGAAGAAGGGACGGCCGCCUAGGAAUCCUAAAUCGGCGUCCAUUGCAGACCAACUAUGGCAAGGCGUGAACCCAUUCACAUUGGCCCCUGGUGGAGACCCGAAACCGGCGCCGAUCCAGUGGUUCACAUCGACCUGGGGGUUUGAUAACGGUCCUUUGGGCAAGAAAGACGACGAUUCAACCAUAGGAGACAACGGAAUUGUCUUCCAGGUGGUGACUACAGAAGGCAUUUGGGCAUUGCCUGUGUCAACGACAUAUCUUCGCAAAGCUAGAUUUAUGAAGAUGAAGACGUCAGAGAACGUUUCCCACAUCCCAGCCUUUUACACUCUCAGUCGGGUUUGCCCAGGUGAAGAACUUUCGGUUGUCCAGGUCGACGAGCAACCGGCCACGGACAAUUUGGUGGCUACAUUGGAGAAAUGGUCAGGAGCGGGAGCAAAACUAGUGGCUUUUGCUAUGGUCUCUCCUAAGACUUCAAAACAGGCCCGGAUAGCAGACCCGUUUCGUUUACUCUUGGUACCUGGGAGCGGAUUAAGAAGUUGA